CGAGCUUUCCGGCGCCGUCGCGGAGCGUCGCAGCUGUCAUGGCGGAGACCGUCUGGAACACGGACACCGGGGAGGCUGUGUACCGCUCCCGGGACCCCGUGCGCAACUUGCGCCUCCGGGUCCACUUGCAAAGAAUCACAUCAAGCAACUUCCUCCAUUACCAGCCUGCCACCCAGUGCGGGAAGGACCUCAUAGACUUGGGCACUCUGAGGCCUCCCCCAACCGCAAGUGGACACCGCCCAGAUGAAGAUGAAGAGGAGGAGGUUGUGAUUGGGUGGCAGGAGAAGCUCUUUAGCCAGUUUGAAGUAGAUCUGUACCAAAAUGAAGCAGCUUGUCAGAGCCCUUUGGAUCAUCAGUACCGUCAAGAGAUCCUGAAGCUGGAAGGUUCAGGUAGAAGGAAGAACCGACGAAUCUUUACCUACACUGACUCUGAUAGAUACACCAAUUUGGAGGAGCACUGUCAGAAAAUGACCACUGCAACCAGGGAGGUGCCAUCAUUCUUGGUUGAGCGAAUGGCAAAUGUCAGGCGGCGACGGCAGGACAGGCGACGGAUGGAAGGUGGCAUCCUCAAGUCACGAGUUGUCACCUGGGAACCCUCAGAAGAGUUCAUCAGGAACAACCAUGUCAUCAACACCCCUCUUCAGACAAUGUACAUUAUGGCAGACCUGGGGCCCUAUGGAAAGCUUGGCUAUAAGAAUUAUGAACAUGUCCUCUGUACUCUGAAGGUGGACAGCAAUGGUGUGAUCACAGUAAAACCUGACUUCACUGGCCUCAAAGGACCCUACAGAAUUGAGACUGACGGGGAGAAGCAGGAGCUGUGGAAGUAUACAAUCGACAAUGCGUCCUCCCUCGCACAGCCGGAGGAGGAGGAGCGGGAGCAGCGUGUGUUCAAGGAUCUCUAUGGCCGGCACAAGGAGUAUCUCAGCAGCCUCGUGGGCACUGACUUUGAGAUGACUGUCCCAGGUACCCUCCGGCUCUUUGUAAAUGGAGAGGUAGUUUCAGCCCAAGGCUAUGAGUAUGACAAUCUCUACGUCCACUUCUUUGUGGAAUUACCAACUACUCACUGGUCAAGCCCAACAUUCCAGCAGCUCUCAGGAAUAACACAGACCUGUGCCACCAAGUCCCUGGGAAUGGACAAGGUGGCCUACUUCUCCUAUCCAUUCUCAUUUGAGGCCUCCUUCCUCCAUGAGGACGAAUCAGCUGAGGCUCUCCCGGAGUGGCCAGUGCUCUACUGCGAGGUCCUGUCACUGGACUUCUGGCAGAGGUACCGUGUGGAAGGCUACGGGGCUGUGGUGCUGCCCGCCACCCCAGGCUCACACACCCUGACAGUCUCCACGUGGAGACCCAUGGAGCUUGGCACAGUGGCUGAGCUGAGGAGGUUUUUCAUUGGUGGUUCCCUGGAACUGGAGGACCUCUCCUAUGUGCGGAUCCCAGGAACCUUCAAGGGGGAGCGUCUGAGCCGCUUUGGGCUCCGCACAGAGACCACUGGUAGUGUCACCUUCCGCUUACACUGUCUGCAGCAGUCCAGGGCCUUCAUGGAGUCCAGUUCUCUCCGGAAAAGGGUGCGGAGCGUGUUGGACCGUCUGGGAGGAUUUAGCCAGCAGAGUUCCAUUCACAAUGUACUGGGUAGGUGCCCCGUCCUGCCCACUGGCCACCCGGGGUCAGCAUGGGCCAUGGCAGCUGACUACUGUGUUUGCUUCCAACCCAGAGGCCUUCCGCCGCGCCCGGCGCCGCAUGCAGGAGGCCCGAGAAAGCCUUCCCCAGGACCUCCUGAGCCCCUCGGGAACCUCGGUCUCCUAGCCUGUGGUAGCUCUGUCCCUCCGUGCAAGAGGACAAGAAAAGUGACAGCUAAGGCUGCGUUUCUCCCUCCUCCUCUUCUUUCCUAUUGGAGACCUCCCGAGAACCGGAAGAACUGAGAAAAUGCCCAGGCCCGCCCCUCUGCCUAGUCUUCUGCAGGGCUUUCUCCCUGCCUUGUGUCAGUGAAGCCCAAGACCCUGUGGCCCCCAUAUUCAUAUUUCAGCUACUGCAAGUGGGCAUCGCAACAAGGCAUGUUUUUCGGUUUGAGACUAGUUUGGGAAAACCCCAUAGUAAGUUCUGUCCUCGACACAGCCCCUUCUCUGGCUUGUCCGUGGUCUCAGUAGCCGUGGGCUGCAGGGUGCUGCCUUCUCCACAACCUCUUCACAGAUGGUGGCUCAAGAAGGCAGGAAAGCGAGACCUUAAAUUCCCAGCCCAGGAGUCAGCCUCUCCUCUCCAGGGUAGCCGCGUCUGCGUGAGGCUUGUUUUUUUUGUGAUACAACUAUUUCUGGAGAAAAUGAAGGCUGAAGACACUGCCCAGUCUUUUCUGCUGACUGGGUGAUAUCUUUUAUUGUGUUUUUUAUACAUAAAAGCUUUUUAUACUGAC